UUCACUCAAAACACCGCCUGGACCGUUUCAGCGGAGCAGAACAGGCAGAACGCUCCAGGGGGAACGUCUUUCUAAAGAACCGACACCAGCAUGAGGCAGAACCCGACCGGGACGGAGGCGGGUCAGCAAGUGGACCCAGUGAGGUUCUGGUCUCCGUCAGAUCGCCGGACAGGCCAGGCCUCUGAGGGCUCCGUCACCAUGGAAACGGGAGAACGAACGAGUUCUGUAACAGUGAGCACGGCCAGUAACUCUCCACGCAGCACGCCCGGCAGCUCGCCCUCCCUGCGGCGCCGGGUGCUGGGGGGGGGCCGGGCCAGCGAGGGGGAGGGGCCAGCAGGAGCAGGAGGAGGAGCAGCAGACAGCCCCCUGCCCUCCGUCCCCUCCGCCCCCUCCCUGUCCUCCGCCUACCCGCUCGCUUCCCGCCAUUUCAGCCGCAAUGCCAAGAAGAUGCAGAGCUGGUACAAUGUCCUCAGUCCCACAUACAAGCAGAGGAACGAGGACUUCCGGAAGCUCUUCAAGAAGCUUCCCGACACGGAGCGGCUCAUCGUGGAUUACUCGUGCGCUCUGCAGAAGGACAUCCUGCUUCAGGGACGCCUGUACCUGUCCGAGAACUGGCUCUGUUUCUAUAGCAACAUCUUCCGCUGGGAGACUGCAAUCACCAUCCUGCUGAAAGACGUCACGUCCAUGACCAAAGAGAAGACGGCCAAGCUGAUCCCCAACGCCAUCCAGAUCUGCACCGACGGGGACAAGCAUUUCUUCACCUCCUUCGGAGCGAGGGAUCGCACCUUCAUGAUGAUCUUCCGCCUGUGGCAGAACGCUCUGCUGGACAAGUCUCUGUCUCCCAGGGAGUUGUGGCACAUCGUCCACCAGUGCUACGGCACCGAGCUCGGACUGACCAGCGAAGACGACGACUACGUUUCCCCUACAGCCGAACACAUGAACGGCUUACUGCCAGCAGAAGACUCGGUGUGUGUGUCGGACCUGCUGGAGCUCAGUUCGGUCUCCGCCCCCUCGUCGGGCGGGUCGCCCCCCCCUCCCCCGCUGCCCCCCUGCGGCCCCCCCGGCUCCUCGCCGCCGCCGUCCGCCUGUUGCCCGCCGGUCGAGGUGUCGUCGUCGUCGGGCCGCAGACCGAGCUCCGACCCGCCGGACGCCGGCCCCCCCUGCUCGCCGCCCCCCGGCGUGCCUGGCUCCGCCCCCGGCUCGGCCGCCGCCUCCUUUAGUCUGGAAGAGGGCGGGGACGGCCCGCCGGAGCCGGCCAAUCCCACGCCUCCGCCGCCGCCGGCCGCCGCCAGCCUGGGAAACCUGUCGUCCAUGGACCUGCCCAACAACGACGAGCUGCCGACCGACCCCAGCAACUCCUCCGACACGCAGGAAGAGAGCGAGGUGGAGGCGUUCUGCUCCAACCUGAGCGGGCGGCUGCACAUCAACACGGCGGUGCGCAUGAGCGUGGACAAGCUGCACGACCUGCUGUUCUCCUCCGACACGCACUUCAUCCAGCACCUGUUCUCCCAGAGGCACUUCACCGAGCUGUCGGUGGGCGAGUGGCAGCAGGACGCCGGGGGGACCAGCAGCCGGGUCCUCAGCUACACCAUCGCCCUCAACAACCCGCUGGGACCCAAGACCGCCCCGGUGGUGGAGACGCAGACCCUCCAUAAGAGCAGCUCCCGGGGCGAGUGCCUGGUGGUGGACUCGGAGGUCCUGACCUCUGGAAUCCCGUACCAGGACUACUUCUACACCGUCCACCGCUACUGCCUGACCGCCAUCAGCAGGACCAAGAGCCGCCUGCGGGUCUCGUCAGACAUCUGCUACAGGAAGCAGCCGUGGAGUUUAGUGAAGGCUCUGAUAGAGAAGAACACCUGGAGCGGCAUCGAGGAGUACUACCGCCACAUGGAGAGCGAGGUGUGUAAGCUGGAGACGCUGCUGCAGUCGGAGGUUUCCGUGGUAACGGCGGCCGAGGCCGUGGGCGCCGACGCCGCCAAGACGCCGCCGGCGCUGCGCCGCAGGAAGCGGGCCUGCUCCCGGCGCCAGGCCGACCGGGACCGGGAGGGGGGCGGGGCCGGUGCCGGGAGAGCGGGGCGAGCGAGGCGCGGGGAGAGGAGCGAGAGAGGGAGAGAGCUGGGAGCUUCGUACCUGAAGCUGGGAGAACGAUCCGGAACCGCCGGACAGACCGGAGUGUCCACCGUGCUGCUGAUCGUCAGCUUCAUGAUCUGUAUCAGCCUGGUGGUUCUGGUCGCUCUCAACAUGCUGCUGUUCUACAAGCUGUACGCUCUGGAGCGAGCUGCUCACACCCUGGAGACCUGGCACUCCUACUCUGUAGCAGACAGCCCCCUCCCCCAGACGGCCUCGGAGUGGGCUCAGGUGCUGCAGCUGCAGAGGCAGUUCCAUCAGGCUCAGCUCAGCAAGUGGCAGCAGAUCCUGCAGUCGUCCGUGACUCUGCUCGACCAGAUGAAGCAGUCUCUGGAGAAGCUCCACCGCGGCAUCGUCGUCCCGGAGGUCCAGCAGGACGCCGCCACGCUCGCCGAGUCGCCGACGGAGGACUGAACCGCCGCCCCCGAACGCACCGCGGAGGGCCUUCAUUACCCACAAUCCUCCUCUCCAGCCGAGGCUGGACCGGAGGCUCUGAGGACCACAGCAAUAAUCUCUCAUGUGUAAAUAGUGUGAACCAGGCCACUGGUGGGCCUG